UAACCUCCCCUUACCUAGAGCAUAGCAAAGCAUUGAAUACGUGCUGAGCAGCUGCUACUGAGUGGCGCACCAACCUGCCCGCAAAAUUGGUUGCACGCUGCGCAGUCCAUUGCCUCUGAGUUGCUUCUGAAAUUGCUUUUGACCAGCUACUAAAGUGCUUUAAGGCUUGGCGUAAUUACAAUAGCACCUGUUGAGAGAGAUCCCAGCUUGUGUGGGCUGGUCCCUGGCGCUUGGCGAGCACCACCAAGGCGCAGACGAUCUGAGGGAGCCCAGCCCAAGGAGUCCGUGCCAGCCGCGCCCACAUAGCUGCCACCUCCAGCAGCCCCGCCCUCUCAGCAGUCCCCAGCACGCUGCAUGGCAGCCAUGUACCGGGGCGGGCAAGACUGGCGGGACGGGCCGCGCGGGGGGCCGCGCUUCAACGACGGCCCCCGCGGCGGGCCCUACGGCGGCCCGGGGCCCCGCGGUCCGCCGCCCGCCGCCUCGCAGCCCGCUGCGCCAGCUCUGGAGAUUGAUCGGGAGAAGACCUGCCCGCUGCUGAUGCGGGUGUUCCCCAAGCAGGGCGGCCACCACAAGCUGGAGGACUUCACGGACCGGGCCAAGCUGCCCGACGAGAUUGCCAUCUACACCUGGAUGGACGCCGACCUGCGCGAGCUGUCCGACCUCAUCAAGGAGGCCAACCCCGCCGCCCGGGCCCGCAACGCGCGAAUGAGCUUCGCGUUCGUGUACCCCGACCGCAAGGGGCGCAACGUCAUGCGACAGGUGGGCGUGGUUCACGCCACGCGGCCGGGCGAGGACGACACCAAGACGCUGCGCAGCCUCAACUUCCAGACAGGCGACUACCUAGACGUCUCCAUCUACUGAAGACGAUGCCUGUGUCAUCUUCACCUUAUCUUUACCUGUGGUGGACAGGUGUGGGGGAGGUAAGGCGGGAUACCGAAGGUCUUGCGCUGGUGGAAGCAGGUGGCGCAGGACGUCAUCCUGAUCACUGGAUGUACACUGGUUGGGGAGUGCGUCGGGAGUGUGCACUUGAGUGCUGCUCAGGCUGGUUUUUGGAGAGUACUCUUGGACCUACCUUGCCGUGGGUGUCCCUGGUAGCCAGGAGGAGGUGCAAACGCUACUCGCGCGUCUUGUGGGUGUCCCCAGUGUGUACGUAGUGUUAAUGGCCUCCCUAGUGUCAAAGCGGGCAAUUGAGGGAAUGGAAGUGAGUGUUCGUGUUCGACUAUCAGAGGAGGCCGAUGCAGAAGAGUCAUCUGUAUGGGGGCGGACCGUGGGGGCGGGCGCGGAGUUGCACUUCGUGCACUGUAGCGAGUGCGAGGGACAAGUGGAGGAAGGCGUGGGGACAGCAUGCCGGGCGACAUCACAAGGAUAUUUGGAAUGGUCAACUUGUUCGGAAAGAUACAGGCACUGGCUUGUAAUCACUAGAAAGU